UGAUCAAACAAACGCUUUCCGAUCGUAUUCCGACGCCCCGACACUGUGGUGGUGGAGGAGAGAUACAGUUUUCAAGAAAUCACCGUCUCAGUCGUGUGUGCUUUUCAAUAAUUCCUCAACUCGUGCGAAUUCCCAAUUCAAUGGCAAAACCAUUGAGGCGGAAUUAACAGCGUCGCUCACAGUAAUUCCGAACGCACUCAUCGACGAACUCCCCUAAAACACUUGCUAUAUGGUUUUUGCUCUCGAAGGAAAAUUUCUUUUUAUUCUCUUUUUCGCGAUUUUCACUGACAAUUUUGCUGGCAACAGUGAUUAAAACUGUGAUCAUCACCAAUGCAAGUAAUUAGUGAUGCAUUCAGUGCUCAUCCCUACUCCCAAGUGUCUUUGAAUAAAUUUUGUGAAUGAGCAUCGUAUAGUUGUGAAAAUAUCUAAAUGUUCCCAUUUACGAAUUUAGUACCAGAGAAGCAAGUUGAAAUCACUAAACCCGGGAAAAGUUUGUCAUAAGACAUAAAGGAAGUGAGUUCAAACUUAUCAAACACAUGUUUUCCCAUUUCUUCUACUGAAUGACAUUUUCGCGCGCUGAACCGCGAAAAAGACAAACACCGCGCAUUGAAACUACCAACAAACCACAGUUUCAACCCCAAAAAAAAGACAAUUUAAAAAUAAAUCCGUGUUUUGUGAUGUAUCAUAGUGUUUAGUGUAAAGUUGUGUAUUGGCGCAGGAAUAAGGGAGCAACAAGUGGAAAUGUGAAACCCUGGGAAGCUUCAUACAUAGAGGGCUUUAAAGGUCACAUAGAAUUGAGGGAAUUGAUGUGUAACUAAAACAACAUUAUCGAAGUAAAUUAAUACAAUUUUCCUGGAAUUCCCGCCUAUUAGUCCUGCCCAUUUUCCAUCAUCAGCUUUUUCCAUCCAUCUUUUUCGACUCGGGAAAAAUCUCUCUUGUCAGUUUCCACUGCGAAUUCUCCGGCUCGUGACGUGUUUGUGGCAGUCUUAAUUGCGGGAAUUCACUGUUUUUCCUCCAAAAAUAAAAGAAUUGUAUAGUGGGCUUGUGAGAAGGAUUUAGAAGUGUGUGAUGUUUUCCAAGUGAUGGAGAUCUCCUUUUUUAUUUGCCUCGAACUGAAGGCCUCAACUAUUGACAAUGUUAGCGAUGCGUCGUGAAAGUGAUCGACCAUACGGAAGUAGUGGAACAACUGGAAACAGUGGAAAUCUCGUGCCCAACAUCAACAGCAAUUACUCAGCUUAUCCUUCAAGCGAAACAUCUUGCCUCAACAAUUCAGCUGGUCCUACAGGAGCAGGUCUCGAUGAGUACGUGGAUAUCCUCCAGGUUCAGCAACUCCUCCUCGAUUCAACACCAGCAACAGGUGCCAAUACAGGUCCUACGAACAACACCACUAACACCUCAAAGGCACGUCCUCGCGUCAAUUUGCAGAAAGCUGCCGAGUACUCAAGUCAGACACAAGCGGAAUCUCCGUCCAGGCGCGUCCUGCUUGAUUAUCCGAGUCCCUAUCUCUAUGGCAACUAUCACCACACGUCACCCAGUGAGGAUUUAGUUGCACUAUGGUUUGGCGGGAAUGGAUCAGGUGGCGUUGCCCCUGGACCACCUGCCACGGCCAUGAUCAUGGAAGGGUUGGAAACCCUCGUUGCGCCAUCGCAUCACGCAUUCCUGCUAACUGAAUCCGCUGCAGCGGCCCAUUUUAACGUGCUGAGCUUCGACACUUGCCUGUUCAAGUCGGCCACCACCACAUCGUCCAGCAUCAGCAGCCACACCAGCAGCCCAGCCAAUCACCACGGCUCCGCCACCGGCAACGGCAACACAAUCACCAGCUGUGGCAACGGCCCCACUGGCAAUCUCAACAACAACACCCUCAGUAUCAACCACAAUCUCAGCGCUGCCAACCAGCAGCAACAAUCGCCCCACCAGGAAGCCCAGCAGCAGCAACAGAGCUCAGGUGGUGGAGGACAUCCCCACUUGAGUCUUCUCACCACACCCGGAGCUACAGGGUCUGUGGGUGCUGAAGCACCAUCAACUGCCGAGGACGUCCAGGCGGCCUCGGAAUCCCAGCAGGGAGAUCUCAAUACACCUGUCACUACAUCUGGUGACAUACCCUCAUUCUUCGGACCCGCCACUGUCGUCGAACCACCGCCAAUUACUGGUUCUAUUGAAUCCGAAGAUUUGUCACUAGAGCCACAGAGUACAUCGAGCCCGUGUGGCAGCUUGUGCAGUCCACUGAAGGAAGAGCGCAGUAGUCCAUCAUCAAUAAUCAAGGAGGAGACAAGUAAUACCAGUAGUGCUACCAUGUAUCCCCAUCAUCAUCAUCAUCAGAAUCAUCAAAAUGCAGCACAACAGCAACACCAUCAUCCACACCAACAACAACACAAUAGCCACGAUACUCAACAUAACACGCUAAACAAUCAACCACAUCAACACCACAGUCAUCACCAACACCACAGCCAUCACACAACACAGCAUCAAUCUCCGUCAUCUGCAUCGAAUCCAAAUACGUCCGCCCACCAUCAACACCACAACCACCACCAAAAUCCACAGAACGCGGGCAAAAUUUCAUAUCGUGGCAUUUUCACAGCUACCGGCAGUCCGAGCAUGGGUCUCACCACAACCCAGCUAGGGUCACCACAACUCACUGUAAUGCCCGGCCAGAUGUCACCUCCAUCGGCUGGUCUGGGCAGUUGGGGUCUCCCCAGUCCUGACAAGACCCUCUUUCAACCACCCAUGUUUAGCCUUCUGGGUCCUGGACCACAAUCUGGCAAUACUGCCCAGACCCACUACGGCAAUCCGGGUGCCACUCAGAGUCCCUCACCUCACCAUCAUGGUUACGGUGGCGAGGAGCGACCCCACCAACACGUUGAACUCCUAGGACUCAAUAUGGAUUGCUCAGGUAUAAUUCUGAAGCAACCACCAAAUUAUAGCAGCUGUGUGCCAACAUCCCUCUCCUCGCUGGACAUCCAAAGUCCAGGUGGGGAUAUGCAUCAGUAUUCCAGAGGUCAGGGUCUGGGUGUAUCUACACCCAAGUACCAAUGGCUCGAUUCCCCAGUUGAAUAUGGCAGUCCGCAGCAGACACUUGUAGGACCCGGACCCUCAUCUUCCUCAUCAUCGGUGCUGAUACCCAAGCAGGAAACUUUUGCCUCAACCAACACCUGCUCUAGUGAUUCAAGUCAGCAGCAUCAGCAAAUGCAAGCGCAGCAACAGGGUCAACCACAGUACCCAGUUCAACUAGCCGAGUACAACCCAUCAACAAGUAAAGGUCACGAGAUCUUGUCGCAGGUGUACCAACAGAGCCCCAUUCCGCUCAAACUAGUCCCCGUUAAGCCACGCAAAUACCCAAACAGGCCCAGUAAGACGCCAGUCCAUGAGCGUCCGUACGCUUGUCCUGUGGAAAACUGCGAUCGACGCUUUUCACGAUCGGACGAACUCACCCGCCACAUUCGCAUUCAUACAGGCCAAAAGCCCUUCCAGUGUCGCAUAUGCAUGAGAUCAUUCUCGCGAUCGGACCACCUAACCACUCACAUACGGACGCAUACGGGGGAGAAACCUUUUUCGUGCGAUGUGUGCGGGCGAAAAUUUGCACGAUCGGACGAGAAGAAGCGCCAUGCCAAAGUUCAUCUGAAGCAGCGCAUCAAGAAGGAGAGUAAGAUGCAACAGAAUCAAUCCAGCGCAGCCCCACCAGUGGCACCCAAUAGCCAUCACCAUCAUCCGCCACCGCAGCAGCACUCAACACACCAUAUGCUCCACGAUGACAUGAUCCCGAUCAUUGCAACAUCCUCCACAACAGCCUUGUAGGCCGAUGCAUCAUCGAUCGAUAGCAUGCGAAUCACGGAUGACACAGUCACGGCACAGCACCUGUCACAAGAUGAGGACCUCAUUGGUGGCGUCGAGGAUCACGAUUUAGAUCUCGGUGAACUCAACGUCGUCGAUCCCCACACACUGGAUCUGGUAAGUGAUGAUCAACUCACAAUUGCACCACUGACCACAAUUGCAUCUGUGGACGAUCAACCACUAGUGAUCCUCUUCUUUCUGCAGUAAGUUGCUCAACUUACCUUUUAUUGCUAAAAACCAUUGCACAAACCAACAUUAAAUGUGGUGUUAAUUCCCAAAAAACAAAAAAAAAACAAAUUAAACAAGAUGAAAUCUAUGUUGUGUCAAUGUGUUCUUUAAAAGAAGAAAAAAAAUAUUGGUAAAAAUCAAGAUGUUAAAAAAAAAUAUUUAAAAAAUGAAAAUGUGAUUGGUGGAAAUCUGUUUUUCGCGUGAUAUUGAUCGAUGAUCGAUCAACACUCUAAAUUUGAAUUAUGAUUAGAAAAUAUUUCAUAAAAAAACGACAUUAAAUUUAUAGCUGAUUACGUAAAAUAAUGGAUGUUUUAUCUCAACUACUGUGAUCUCAAGUAAUAGACUUUAAUUUUAAAAAAAAAUAUAUAAUGUGUAAAUAAUGAGUUGAUUUAUUAAAAAGGAAAAAUAUUAAUUAAAAAAAGAAAUCUCUUGUAAAGAGAACUAUUUCUGAAACAAGCAUAAUCUAUUUCUCAGAUUGGAAAUUAAAUUAAAAAAAAAACUUCAUAAUUCGUUCAUAAUCUCGUCAAUCGGUGUGUUUUUAUUAAUUUCUGCAAAAUGAAAUGUGUCCACAAACUACUUUCAACACGUGCAAUCUCUCACUUUCUAUGCAAAAUUCGUUGCAAUAUUCGAAAUUUAUUAAAAUUGCAAAAUUUUGACAUUUCACAGAGAAAUAUGCAAUUUUUCAAAAUCUAUCAGCUGUUUUUGUCAGCUCAAAUAAUCUUUUCGAGAAAAAAAAGGCCUACAUUACUAAAUAUUUUCUAUGAGAAUUUCUGUUUCACAUUAAUCUCAUUACUCGCAUGACUAUCGUCUUUAGAUAGAUCAAUUUCCAAAAUUGAUAGAAUGUAAAUUUUAGGCCAUAUUAGAUAAUGUUAUUUAAUUUUGAAGAUGUUAUUAAUCUGUGUAAUUUAACAUUAUUAUAAAUAUUCUAAUGUAAAGAUAUUUAAUAAAAAAAAUUGAAAAUAAAAGAGAGAAAAAAGGAAAAAUAAAACUAAUAAUAAAUUAAACACACAGAAUUAACAAAGGCUUUAAUUAAUAUUAGAGAUAAUAGAAUCUGAAAAAUUAAAGAAAAAAUCAACAAGACAGAAAAAUGAAGAUAAAUUUGCCAAAAACAACAAUAUAAAUUGGUUUUUAGACGUAAAAGAACAAAUUUUGAAAAUGCAUAAAUUAAUUUCUUGUGAAUUAUUGCAAAUACAUAACAAUCAGAAAUAUUAUUGUGGAGAUGAGAAAAAAAAAACUCUUUAAACUGCAGAACUAUACAUAGAAAACAAACAUAGUAAACAUAACGCAAAAAAUAAACAUAUAACCUCAGUCUUUUUACAUUCCAUAAAUAAAUUAAAAAAAAAAAGAAAAUAGUGCAUACAACUUCAAUCACUUCUUUUAAGUUAUGAAGAUAAAAAACACAUUUCAAUUUUAUUCAUUCUCCUGAGUUUCUUUGUCGUGCAUUAAAAUUGCAAAACAGGUUGUAAAUGGCCUUAAAAAUUCAGUGCAAAAAAAAAUAUUUAAAAAAAAAUCGUAAAAAAGUGCCCUCAAUUUUCAUAAUUUUUCCAAUGAAAACUUAAAAGAAAGGUAAAUGAAAAAAAUCACUCUCCUUUUCGAAAUACUUGACAUUUUUCCUAAAAUUUUUGUUUUGUGUAAAAGGAAAAGUAAAUCUACGUAAGAGAUAUUUGGAAAAAAAAAUCUCUGAAAAAAAUUCAAUUGAAUUUAUUAUCAAUUGCAUAAUGUACAUAUUUAUGGUGAUGAUUAAAAUUUUAUUAACUUACAGUGUUGAUGAAACUUUCAUCUCUUUUGAUAUAUUCGACAGAUCGGCCUACAUAUUGUAUUUAAAAUAUUAAAAUGAUAUAUUGUACUAAGUCACAAGGUAAAAAAAAUUUAUUAAAUGUAAAAUUGUAUAACAUUACUAAAUGGUGUUUCAUGAAAGAAAAUUCAAUAAUUAAAUAUGAGGGCAUUAUUUUCCAUAUUUAUGAAAAAAAUCAAGCAAAACAAAUAAUUCAUAGACAGUAUAAAAUGCGAGAUAUGAAUAGAAAAAAAAACGAAGACAAAUUGAUCAGUUCCAAAUAAAAGAAAGAAUGAAAUGUUUGAAAUUUCAUUGCCAUAUUAAAUUUGUGUAAAGAAAAAAUAAAUAAGAAUAUUGUGCCAUUCAUUUUGAAUUUACAAUUUCUAUACACGUUCAUCUUUCAACGUACACGAAAAUUUAUAUUUAAAAAAAAAAUAAUAUUUCUGUAAAGAAAAGAACAGGAUGUUUAAUUAUAAUCAUUGUAAAAGGAAUUAUUGUAUAAUUAAAAUUACAAUUAUACCUACACAUUAAUUAAAUUUAAUAAUGACAUAACAAUCAAAAUAUUGCAAGUAAAUAAAUUAUAAUGUUGAUACUAAAAA